UUUAGGUAACUGCACUGGCUACAUGGCUCACACAAAUGGAUCAGUGGUAUCUGAGUUUGUGCUGCUGGGACUGUCUGAUUCUUGGGAACUUCAACUUUUCUUUUUUGCAAUCUUCUCAAUAGUAUAUGUGGCAUCUGUGCUUGGCAACAUCCUGAUUAUUAUUAUCAUUUCCUCUGACUCCCAUCUGAACUCUCCCAUGUACUUCCUUCUCAGUCACCUUUCUUUCAUUGAUAUCUGUCAGUCUAAUUUUGCCACUCCCAAGAUGCUUGGAGAUUUUCUAGUUGAGCAUAAGACCAUCUCUUUUGAGGGCUGUAUGGCCCAGAUAUUCCUUCUACACAGUUUUGUUGGGAGUGAGAUGAUGUUACUUGUAGCUAUGGCAUAUGACAGAUUUAUAGCCAUAUGUAAGCCCCUGCACUAUAGUACCAUUAUGAAUAGGAGACUAUGUAUAAUUUUUGUCUCUAUUUCUUGGGCUGUGGGUAUUCUUCAUUCUGUGAGUCAUUUGGCUUUUACAGUGGAUUUGCCAUUCUGUGGCCCCAAUGAGGUAGACAGCUUCUUUUGUGAUCUUCCCCUAGUCAUAGAAUUGGCUUGCAUGGAUACUUAUGAAAUGGAACUUAUGACUCUAACUAAUAGUGGCCUGAUAUCCUUGAGCUGUUUUCUGGCUUUGAUUAUUUCUUACACCAUCAUUCUAUUCACUGUUCAACGUCGAUCUUCUGGUGGGUCUUCCAAGGCACUCUCCACACUCACUGCCCACAUUACAGUAGUGAUUCUUUUCUUUGGACCUUGUAUUUAUUUCUACAUAUGGCCUUUCAGCAGACUCUCUGUGGAUAAAUUCCUUUCUGUAUUCUAUACUGUUUGUACACCCUUGUUGAACCCCAUCAUCUACUCUCUGAGAAAUGAAGAUUUUAAGUCAGCCAUGCGGAAGUUGAGAAAUCGACAAGUCAACUCAUGGAAGAAUUAGGGAACCACUAUGAGAGCAAUCUUGAAUGG